AUGAGUUUCCAUUCGCUGCCCGUUGAACUGGCCGAACAUCUCGCGCUCUACUGCACGCCCCAAGACCUCUCGCGUCUGUCUCGCGUUAACCACGCGUUUCACGCUAUUUUCAACUCGGCCCUCUACAAGCGCAACGCCGCUGUCACAGGCCUGCCAUCGUGUUAUCCAUGGACCAACAAACACGAUCCACAGUAUUGUAGGCAAUGUCCCGUCGAUAAGGCCUCAAGGUCAUGUCUUCAUUGGGCCGUCGAUCACGACUCACUCUCUACAAUCAAGCUGGCCGUUGCUUAUGGGUCCGAUAUCAACAAGAUCAACGACGUUGCCGACUAUAUCCCUUAUGAGGAAGACCCUCACUCUAUUCCUAUUUGCGGGAGAAUCAUUCGGGUGCAGCUCGCAACGCCACUGCAUCUUGCCAUCUUUCAGAAGCGCUUCGAGAUUGUACGCUGGCUUCUUGACAAUGGCGCUAGUACGGAUGUAUGGCCAGAUACGCUCUGCAAUUGUCGAAAGAAUGCAAGAGUGGUCAAUAGGUAUGAUUGGUUACCACUACACUAUGCUAUAUGCCACAGCACCCAUGAAAUCUUCCAGCUGCUGCUAGAGCGAGACGUUAUUUACUCUGCGAUUUCCGAUGAUGGACACAUCUCCGGGCUUCAUUGCGCUAUCGCAGAAGGGUCUCUUUCUGCAAUUGAUGCAUUCAUUCAGCAUAAAAGUUUCAGUCCUACUGAUCGAGACGCUACGCUUCAGACGCCGCUCCAUUGGGUUAAACAUUGCAAAGACCAGGAAGUAGCCUGUGUGAUAGUUGAGAAGUUAGCCCAAUGGGGUGUUCCUCUGGAUGCUGAAGCUGAAUCUCAGUGGGGAGACUGGCAUGGCGGCACAGCCCUAAAUAUGCUUAUCGGAAGGAGAAAGUUUGAACCUGCUGUUAAACUACUACAGCUUGGAGCCGAUCCGACGAUCCAGCAAGUCGAAGAUGGGUGCCUGCGGCUGUUGGACAACUGCAUUGAAGGUCGUGAUAGAGAAGACAUGUCCAAUUGUUCGCCGGAUCGUGCGGAGAGAAGGAGAGAGGCCGGGUUGGAGUUACUGAAUCUCCUGAUCCAAAAGGGAAUCGAUCCUGGCAGACCCCGUGAACUCGGCAGACCCCACGAUCUGGAGAACCUAGACCUCGAAGAGCCAAGACCGCUGUUAUCAGCACUCAUAAUGUCCGACGCGCGAUGCAUACAAGUUCUUCUCGAUGCCGGAGCAAUGGCUCGUGAAGCUAUUUAUGAGAAUCACCAUGAUAAUCUUCUCCGAGACUUUGUCGAGAUGAUGGUGGAUGCCAUGGAAGAGGGCAUAUCUCUUCGAGAAAUGAGAGACGAAGUUGAGUCGCGCAAAGAGUCUGUGUGUCUGCUUCUCGAUGGAGGGGCUCGAAUAGACUCGAGAGACGGUCAAUACUCGGCGUUGAGCAAGGCGUGUGAGAUUGAGCAGGGGUUCGGGAUAGUUAGCUUUCUGGCUGAGAAUGCAACUCGCAGGAAUGCGGAGGUGGAAUAUGUUGUUGCUUUGAGGGACACGUAUAGGAGGGAUGAACCUGUAUGGGAGAAAUUGGAUCGGUUCUAUCAUAAGUUGAUGGCUGAGAAGAAUGAUCGAGAGGGAAUGCAGGACAUCAAGAAGUCUGCAUGA